AUGAUUGGUAAAGUCAAUAAGAUCAUCAAAGAGUGUCUACAGAAUCACUUUUCCACUGGAAAAGCAUUGAAUGAAUCAUGUCCAUUUCUAAAUCCACUUUGUUUUCAAAUAGAGUUAUUUUUAACACAUAAAUUAAAGUUGAAAUAUGGUGGUUUUGCAACGAUUUGGGAUAUUUUACAGCUAUUGAAAGGUUUGCGUGUUGAUAGCUUGACGACGACCACUAGUGGUGCACCACUGGUGUGGCGAGAGCAGUUUGAGUAUAUCGAUUCACUGUCGGAGGUGACAACAGACACUGGCAAAGCAAGAGCAUUUCUUCGGCGAUGUCUCAACGAAUCGAUUCUCAAUGCAGCGAUCGAGUCGAUCACCACCAACCACGAUAUUCUACGUAACCACUACGAUGAAGACUCGAUUCUUCGAUUCAAAGAUGAUUCCGAUGUAUACCGAUCGAUAUUGGUACCGCUGGAGACAAUACCAUUUCAAAUCGAUUAUAACGACAGUGCACUCGAUCAUCAAGAUAUUGAUGACGAUCAUCAUCAUCAUGUGUCAAAUAGCAACAUCAAUAGUGGUAUCAAUAAUCUUACUGCUAGUAAUGAUAAUAUAAAUGGUACUACUUCUACUUCUUCUCCUCCUGUUGUUGUUGGAAAUGGUGUUGUAACACCAUUGGCAAAACCAGCAUUGAGGAAGAAAAAGAUGGUAAAGUCACUCACUAGAGUUAUCAAUAUCAAUGGUGAGGGUCAGUCUGAGGUCGUCGAGAGUCAGAUGCUCAAAGACACCUUUGACGACAAGGGUGUAACCACUACCACUACCAUCGUAGACGAGAAAACGGGUAAAACGAAAAUCAUUAAAAAGAUAAAAGUAACAAAGAAAGUAUUAAAAGUAAAUAGUAAUAAUAAUAGUAGUAAUAAUUUAAAUAACAUUAAUAAUAAUAAUAAUAAUAAUAAUAAUAGCAAUAAUAAUAGUAACGCUAAUUUAACAUCAACAUCAACAGCAACAACAACACAAACAGUAAUACCAGUUUCAACAACAACAUUAAUAGAUCCAAAUGUUAAUGAUUAUAUUAAUAAUGAGAGUAAUAGUAACUAUUCAAGUGGUGAGAGUGAUAAUAGUGGAUUUAGAAGUAGUGGCGAGAAAGAGAAGGAAAAGACACCAGAGAUUGUACAGAUGAUUAAAGAGAUAUCGAUAUCUGAUAUCAAAUCAAAGUUUUCUUCAUUCUUUUCAACUAGCUCACCAAAGUCUACACUUACAAAUAUACCAACAACAAAAACAACAACACUCACAAGCUCUACAGAGUCAACACCAUCUAUUUCUUCAUCGAUUUCAACAUCUUCAGAACAGCAAACAACCAAUGAACCAACAACAACUACAAACAAUAUUGAUACAGCUUUAACUUCAAUACCAGAGUCUACAUUAACACCUACAUCAACAUUGGAAGAAGUAAAAGAAAUAGAAGUAGUAGAUAUUAAUAAUAAUAAUGAAAUAAAAGAGGAUAGUCCUAUAAUAGUGGAGAGUAGCAAUAAUGAUAUAGAAAAUUUGGAAGUAGUUGAGCAAAACCAACAUCAAGAGCAACAAGAACAACAAGAAGAGAAAGAGGAAUUAGUAGUUCAAACAAAUAUAGUUGAACAAGAUGGUGCCUCUAUUAUUAGUGUAGAAGAUAAAGCAGAGGAAGAGUCAAAGUCAUUGUUAAAAUCAGUUGAUUCAUUUGGUUCGUUGAAUGAUGUGCUUGCUCGAUUAGAUGUAGUUAGUCCAGCUCUAAGUUCUCAGGUGGACGUAGUUACACCAACUCUAAGUCAAUUGGAUAAUGAUAUUGCUGAAUAUAUGGAUGUCGUUGAUGAGAAAGAGAAAGAGAAAGAAGAAGAGGAAGAAGAAGAACACUUUAGAUCAGAUUCAUCAGAUUGUAUUGAAGAAGAAGAACACGAACAACAACAACAACAACAAGAACAAGAGGAUGAAGAAGAAGGAAUAAUAGUAGAGGAGAAAGAAGAGUCAAUUGUAAAUAUUAAGGAAGAAGUUUUAGAUACUAUAAUAGAUGAGAUCGAAAAAGAAGAAGAAGUAGUAGAAGAAGAAGAAGUAGAGGAAAAAGAAGAGGAAGUUGUAGAGGAAAUUAAAGAAAAUCAACCAUCAAUUACUGUUAGUGUUGAAGUAGAAAAUCGCUCUAUGACUUUGGAGGAAGAGGUUGCUGCUUAUGAAAGACAUAGAGCAAUGUUGGAUAAACAGCUAUCAUCUAAUUCCAAUAGUAAUAAUAACAGUAAUAAUAGCAGUAAUAAUAACAGUAAUAAUAAUAGUAAUAGUGUUAGUGGUAGAUCAUCGCUUUCAUCUUCACCAUCGACUAAAUCGAAUAUAGUCUCAGAGGAAGAGCAAUCUUUGAUUCUUGAUCAAGUCGCUAAAAUAGAGGAAAUGAUAGGUGGACGUUCUAAUAUCCGUAAGGAGAAUGGUAGCAAUAAUAAUAGUUUCUCUGUUACUGUAUCUUCUAACAAUCCACACAUUAUCUCAACACCAGCACCGGCUGUCAUGUCAACACCACCACAAUCACCAUUCGCACAGAAACAUCAUUCAUUCUCACCAUACUUUGUACCUGCUUCAACACCUGAUAAUCAUCUUCAUCAUCAUAUCAACAAUCAUAAUAACAAAGUUAGUAAUACAAGCUAUUCAGAUGUAGAUGAAUUAACAGAUGAUGGUGUUGAUAAUCAAUUGGAUUUCGAUCAACUUGAUUUAGAGAACAACAGUAACAACAAUAGUAAUAAUAAUAAUAAUGAAUAUCUAAAUAAUCUAAGUAGUGAUUCAUCAUCUCCAAGUCAUUCAAGAUCGAAUUCAAUUACCGCAUCGUUUAGAGAAGAUUAUAUUCCCGAGAAAAAGAAGUUGACACCGAGUGCGCUGUCUGCAUCGGGUGGAUUGUCUAAUACACUGCCAUCGGAAGGCGCCAUUACCAAGAGUAGCAGCAAUCCUUUCAUCAACUACGAUGCCGGUGUCGAAGAGAAACCGAUCGAUCCAAAGGAUUUCAAGUGGACACCUCUGAGAAGACGUCUCUACUUUGAAAUACAUACACAAUACACUAUUCGCGAGCAGAACAAUCAGUGCGCUGGCUGCUCGCGUAGCAUCUCUGGACUGUUCACAUCGUCUCGCUACUGCGAGUACAGCGACUUUUUAAAGUCGUGCACAGCAACCGGUCCAGAGGAUUACAAGAUGAUCGGCAAUCAAAAUGACCACCUUGCUAACGACGUCGAUUUCUACUCGCUCGCCGAUCUCGUACAUUACAAACGACUAUAUGAAUCUCUUAGAAUUAUUGUUGCCAAAUGGUUGAAUCAUGUUGAAACAUGUCCAUUGUGUACAAGUAAAGGAUCAUUCUGUGAAUUUUGUGAUGCCAAAGAACCUAUCUUCCCAUACAAUAUAUCAAAGGUAGUUCAAUGCUCAUCAUGCCACAGCUCUCACCAUAAAGAAUGUUAUGUCAAACACAAAUGUCCGAAAUGUCUGCGAAUUGCUAAACGAAAAAUAACAGUGCUACCUUGA